AUGUCUUUGUUAGAAAGAGUUACCUCUUGUGAAUCCAUAUCUCCAGACCGAGGGGGAUCGCCCUCGGAGUUCAUUCGAGAUCGAACAUUAAGUUUCAACCCUCUUCCAAGAUCCUGGGUCUCCCCUUCAGUUGAGAAAAAUGCUCCAGAGACGGUGGGCGCCUUCGAGGUAUCCAGAUCAAAGAGAAUUUUACAGGUUGUCACUGCGGCCAUCUACUGCCUGUUCUCGGCCGGUAUAGUCUUCGGAUAUGCAGCCCUCAAGCCAAUUCUCAUUCGCGAGGGAGUAUAUCGGAAUUACUGCACGGAAGAAGAAUUGGAGAAGGGAAUGCGGACAUGUUUCGAUCAAGAGAUCCGUCUGAAUUUGAUGUUCACUGUGGCAGCUGUGGGGACCAAUGUAGCAGCUCUCCCCAUAGGCGCUAUACUUGACAUCCUAGGGCCUCGAGUCUGUGGUAUAAUUGGGAGCUUUCUGCUUGCCUCUGGAGCACUCUUAUUUGCUUUUGCAUGGCAAUUGCCUUUCGAUGGCUUUAUCCCGGGAUAUCUCCUCCUUGCGCUUGGAGGUCCAUUCGUCUUCAUCUCCUCCUUCCAGCUCUCAAAUACGUUUCCCAAGCACUCCGGGCUUAUCCUUGCCUUGCUCACAGGUGCUUUUGACUCUUCAAGCGCCGUAUUUCUUGUUUACCGCAUGAUCUACCAAUGGAGCAAUACUACUUUCUGGCCCAAGAAAUUCUUCCUUGCGUACCUCGCUAUUCCCGGUUUUAUUCUGCUUGUUCAGAUCUUCGUUAUGCCAAAAGCAUCCUAUAAGACGGUCGGCGAGCUUGUCAAACAAGCCAAAGAUGCUGAAGAAGCGAUCUAUGACGAUCAACUAGAUGAGCACACUGCUCUCCUCCGCGAUGAACGACGAGAGAACCCGCAAAAACAAGUUAUUACCGAGAUAACCGACCUCCUAGGAUCGACAAAGGGUGGUAGCCAACGAAAGAAGGAGAAGGACAAGAAUUCUAUAUCCGGAGUCUGGGGAGUUAUGCAUGGCAAAACCAUAUCCCAACAAAUUCUCUCCCCUUGGUUCAUCCUCAUAGCCCUCUUCACCAUAAUCCAAAUGACCCGCAUAAACUUCUUCGUCGCCACCAUCCGCCCACAAUACGAGUACCUCCUCUCAUCUUACGAGAAAGCAGUGGAAAUAAACACAUUCUUCGACGUAGCCCUACCCAUUGGCGGGCUCCUCUCCAUCCCUUUCAUCGGCUUAAUCCUAGAUCACACAAGUACUUUCUCCGUACUCUUAGUGCUAGUAACAACCGCUACUAUAAUUGGGGUUCUAGGCUGUCUGCCAUAUACUUGGGCAGCCUAUACAAACGUGUGUCUCUUCGUCCUCUACCGGCCCUUCUAUUACACAACCGUAUCGGACUACUCCGCCAAAGUCUUCGGCUUCCGAAACUUCGGCACAGUGUACGGACUCAUUAUUUGCCUCGCGGGCUUGUUCAAUUUCAGUCAGAGCGGCUUGGACGCAUUGCUGCAUAAAGUCUUCAAAGGCAGUCCGGUUCCUGUGAAUAUCAUGCUUUUAGGGAGUGCGUUUGUAGUUGGGACGGCGUUGUGUGCUUUUGUGGGGUUGCAGGCGCGCCAUAUUGAGAGGAUCGAGUUAGAAGAUGAGGCAGAGGAGGCGCCCGAGGUUCCUAUACCUGUGAUGCAAAAUGGCCGAUAA